CCUCCAGCCCCUGGAGCCACUCAUCCUCGUCCCAUCGAUCUACGCGGAGGUGUGAUUAACCUCCUGGUCUGAAUUGUGGGUACUCCGCCCCCCAGUCCCCCGUACCAGACUCGCAAUCCCCGCCCGUCUGGCAGUUGACGUCACGGCGGUCCCCAACCUCUGGGAGCUCCAGCUCCUCCCCACGGCCAGACAGCUAAGCUCCAGCUAACAGCUCCAGCAUCCUUCCAGCUCCCACCCCCAGCCACCAUGGCUAACGAACGCGUGAACGUCCACAUCCCCUCCCACCCCGCAGUGCUCGAUAGCGUGCGCCUGCGCAACAUCCAGCUGCCUCUACCGGCCGCCCCGGACCCGUGGCACCGGCCGGGCAAAUCGCAGCCCUGCACCGCCUCGCUGAAGCUCUCUUACUCCUCCGCCGUGGCCGCCGCCAAUGCCGACGAUGUCUCGCUCUCCCUGGACUACGGCAAGCUGUACCGCCGCCUCGAGGAAGACAUCCACAACCUGGGCAAGCACCCCGAGCACCCGGGCCACCGCAUGGUCAGCGUCGACGGCAGCCGACGCGACGAGAUGCUGGGAAGCGAUGUCGGACAGGACGUGCGACUGACGGCCGGCAUUGUCGCCAACUGUGGCCUGGGACUGCUUGAUGAGACGGCCGCCGGGGUGCGGCGGAUGUCGCAUAUGCACAACUCCCAGCGGCGGAGCAGUGGCUCGAUGGGUUCCCAGGUCCAGGCUCAGGCGGCGCUCUUCGGCCCCUCGUCGACCUCCCCCAUCGACGGGGUCUUCGGGCAAUGUGAGGUCUCCCUGUACCUCCCCAAGGCGUUGCUCCGGGCGGAGGAAGGGCUCAAGUACCGCAGUGUGACGGUGUGGGGAUACCGCCAGGGACCCGACGCGGCGUUGGAAGACCCGGCCAAGUCGGAGCGGUGCCCCGUGGUGCUGGAGGAGGAGUUCCGGAUCGAUGGCAUUCGAUGCUACUGCAUCCUGGGGGUGAACUCACACGAGCGGGUGGAAAAGCAGGCUGUUAUCAUAUCGCUGGAGUUCAAGGGGCCCGGGCAGCUGCCGUGGGGGUCGACGGUGGUGGACACGUAUCAGGCGAUGACACGGGCGGUUGCUGAGCGGGUCGAGGGAACCGCGUUCCAGACGGUGGAGGCCCUGGCGACGUUUGUGGCACGCAUUGUGACGGUGGAGUUUGGCAACGAACGGGUGACGGUGCGGGUCGAGAAGCCCAGCGCGCUGGCAUUUGUGGAGGGAUCGGGGGUGGAAGUCACCCGGUCACAGGCGUUUUUCGAGGGCAGAGAUGCAUGAUGUUGAGGUGGAGGCAUAGGGAUAGGGCAUCAUCGGUCUUUAGGGGUUUAGGUACUAGUCUACUCGGUACACUGCACACUGCAACUGCACACUGUGGUCCGUACACAUUACUUUAUCCCUCCGUACUGGCACGGGUCUCACCACGUCACUGUGCCCCUCUACACCCUGC